CAGACUACAACUCAUGCUAAGCUCUUUACCACCAUAGAAAAAAGAAAUUGGUAAAAGAAAAGCACUUGGAUGUGCAUCAUAGAUUGUCUACAUUGAUUGACGAGCUCAAACACGAGCUACGGAGCCGCGUGUCGCUCGCCAGGCUGCAGCUGACGUUCCAUCCUCUUCACCUGACGGCUCGCAGCCAACAUGAGACUGGCUCUGCAAACCGUCCUGUGCUGCUGCGCAUUCUCCGCCCUGCUGCCGCCGGUGAGAGGCACCACCGGGGAGCUCGACACCAUCCUGGAGGAAAGGUUUAAAGUGUGGCUGCAGAGCCGUGUGAAAAGAGACAUCUGUGGCGGCUCUCUGACGGGCAGUGAGCAGCUCUCUGACGUCCACGCCGCACCGCGGCAGGAGGACAACGCAACAAGUGUCUCGCCUCCACCAAGCUGCGGGCUACUCCUCAGAUCCAGGAGGUCAACGUCCAAACCGUCCGGCUGCCGCUUCGUCACGUGCGUCUACCACGACCUGAUCCACCAACUGCACCAGAUCCACCAGAUAAAAUCAUGUGCUCCCGUGAAAAAGAUCGGCUCAGGCGGCUACGGGCGCCGCCGCCGCCGCUCGCUCCUGGACGACGCUUGGCUCGCCCUCCGGACACGAAGACAGCGACGGAGCACUGAAGAUGCUUCCAAAGGGAGCUCGGCAGCUGGGAUACCAGACAAUUCCUGCAGAUCUCCACCUAGUGACCCGUGAACCGAGGAGGAACCGAGAAGGAACAGGAGGGGAACCAAGAGGAACUUCCUUUUUUUAAAUAAAAAAAAAAAGACAUUUCUGGACCCCAAACGGCAUCAUUUCUUAAACAAUAUGAACUAUAACCAAAAUAUACAAUGACCAGCUUGUAUAUAAUAAGGAAAUAUAAAGCUACCUUAUAUUUAAGCAUACGAUACAACUAUAUUUUUAUACAGCCUAAAUACAUAUCAAACACAACUUUUUUUUAACUUCAAUGAAGUGCGUAUCUUAUAACUAUCCUGUCCAGUAUCCUUCAUGUUGAUUUAAUAACUAACCAUAGUUACCUGUUUUUUUAACAUUGUUGUGAUGAAUACACAAUAUUGGAAGUAAAGUGAGAGUCUUUCCGUGAUGGAGAGCGAAUUCAAGUGCUUUGCUGCCAUCUAGCUUUACAGUAGGAAACAUGUUACAGCUUCAACAAAGCACUUCCUGUGGCAACGCUCAAUAUUUGGUUUGAAUAACCAUUGCUUUGAAUUGUAUCCGCUCAUACAUACAAAUUUACUCAUAAUUCCGCUGCAACUACUAGAAUGCUGUUAGCUAACUUGAUGUGUGUUGUUGUGGGGGGGCGUGAAAGGAACUGUAAGGGUUUUCACCUGGAUGCAACGUACCUGGUUUUGAAAUAAAUGAAUGAAUGCAGCAAUGAAAA